AUGUCUCGACUUCUGUCAGCCUAUGGUGGCUCAUUUUAUACAUCAACAGCAUUUCUCGCAGUGAUGUUCAUCCAUCGCUAUUUUUCCGUAGCCAAACCUGCGCAAUUAUUCUUGUUUCGAGGAAAACGCAUCACACUUUGGAUAACUUAUUCACUCAUAAUCGGAUCGUCCUGCUAUUUUUCAUGCACAUAUUUGCUUGCUCCGGAUGAAUAUUCGUUGAAAUAUGUUGCCCCAGAGAUUUUGAAAAUUUACGGAAUUGUGGUACAGAAUACAACCGGGUUUAUAAGUGUUUUGUUUGAUGAGGAGAACAAAAAAAUCAGAUGGAAAAAUGUGUUUCACUUGACAAUUGGUAUUUUCACAUCAACUCUGCAAAAUGUUAUCAUUUUCUAUUGCGGCUUCAAAAUUCGUCGUAAAAUCUACUGCAAAAACGCAAAAUAUUCGCCAUCUCUUCGUAAACUUCACAGCCAAUUUUUUCAAAACUUUGGUUUUUCAAGUUGCAACUCUAACUAUUCUGCUUGUCAUUCCAACCAUCAUUAUUUUAUGCCUCCAGUUUUUCCAGUUUCAAAUAAGUCUUCCAACUGGAAUUCUUCUGAGUUUAUUCGAGAUCUAUCCAGCUAUCGAUUCAUUGAUUGUUAUGUAUAUAAUCACAGAUUACCACAAAGCUAUCAAAGGUAUUUUGAGUUGA